AUCGAUACUUCUUUCGAAUUCUAUGAACCCACAAAUCUGUUCUCAAAUAUUCACUUACCUUUCAACUUCACCUAUGUUAAAAAAUUUUUCAUUUGAAGAAAGAUCAACACCAAUUGGCACGUGGGCUGGUAAAAUUGGCGAAAUUGCAAGUCAAGAUUUUUGUUCUCUAUGGUUAGCAAUGAAAGGUGCAAUAUGUCAUGUACUUGAAGAAAAAGGUGUGAUUAAGGGUUGUAGUUGUAUUAAAGAGUAUCAUUCUGGAAAUGAAAUUUAUGAAAAAGAAUGUAAAAACUUUUGUGAUAAAAAUAGAUUGAAUGAAGAAUAUGAUGAAUUGAUUAAAGAGAUUAUUAGAGAGUGUAAUGAUGAAAAAUCAAAUUAUAGACAUUACAGAUUUUUUGCUCAAAAAAUUUGA